GGAUGUAUGGUUCAGAAUUUCACAAUACACAAUUGUGUAACUAUGCAGAACUAUUUUAGGAAUAGCUUGAAAGUUUAGAAUAUUAUUUGGCUUUCUGUCGGAGCUCGACGAGAUACGGAUUUUCUUGUAUGUCUCAGCGAAAAAAAUGAUCACACAUAUUUUCUGUCAAAAUGGGCUAAUCCAUCUCCAAACAUUGUACUCUUGAGUAUUUUUUCUGUGCUGGCUUGUAGUCCAAAAUAGCAAACAAGCUACAUCAAAUCAGCCAACCAACUCAGAUAGAUGCUGUUGGUGCCGCCAAUACAGCUGAAUGAUCCCGUUAUCUCUGUGUUGAAGUAGUUCUGUCUGCAGGAGAUGCUGAUCCUGUAUUGGAAAUAGCUGCAGGGGGAAAUAGAAGACAGACUAAAUCCACUCUGACUCCCGCUCUGAAGCUAGAACUGUCUCGGGUAUUAGUGUGUGCCUUUCGAGGACGCCCUCAAAGGGUCCGUCACACCAGGUGACGCUACCUGCAUUUGAUAACAUCCGCCCUCAGCACAGAUGGAGAAGACUAACCGAGCCCGUCAGCGGUGGCUUGGGAGGACCAUUGAUGGAUGACAGAGUUUAUUGUCUGUCAGUCACCACCAAGAAAUAUCCAGCCGUCCUCGGCUCUGUAUACGGCGGCUGUCCCAUGGCGCUCCGGCAGAAACUCGGUGACUACUCGAGGAUGAUGGCAGGCUGGAAAAGGAAAAAAAGAGAAGUUUGCAGCAUCCCUGACCAGGCUGUUAAAAGAUGGAAGCACUUGGCAGCAUCCACAUGGUGGAAUACAUUUUAUUUGGAGGGUAAAACGCAGUCUUUGUCAAAACAAGCCCAGCUUCCGGCUGAGGUGUUGUGGAGUCCAUCAGGAUUGGUUAUAAUGGUUUUCAUACGGUGUGACAAAGUCUCCUUGAAGAUAUAAAACGGUAAUUUAAUGUGCUUAAAUCUCAUGUGACUUACCGCUGCAAAGAGUCACUGCUUACAAGGCAUCAGCAAACAUGCCAUUCUCCAAAAUACUGUGGAAGCUUUUCGUUGCUGCUCGUUUACUAUGCCAACCAGCUCAGGUCCAAGUUUAAUUCCCGUCAGCUGGAGCGUGAACAAUGUCUAACAUUCAAACUUAACAACGUAAACAUUUAAAGCGACCUCAUUGCUCUGCUGAUCCCUCCGCUCCUUCAUAUCUGUCAUCUUGAAGACGCGUUUCACCACGAUUUCAAAACGGAUGGAUCCUCUUCAUGGAGCCGGCCACCGCGGCUCUAAAUGAUAAGUCCAUUCCGGUUUUACAUUUCCUCCAAAAUGUUCAGUUGGAUGCAAUCUGCGACCCCGCCACUAGAUGUCGCCACAUCCUCCGCACUGCACCUGCAGGAUGACUGUUAACGUCUGCGGAAUUAAUUGAUUCAUUAGCUCGACUUGGAUGAUGAUGUCUUUAAAAUAGCCUUCGUCGUUACACAGUUGUGAACAGUCCAAACCUGUCCUGGUUUGCUUCUUGCCGCGUGGAAACAAGGACAUUUAUUAUACCAUUAAUGAUACAUGGGCUCCUCGGGUGGCAGCGUACAGUGAAUUGACGUCAGCCGACAGCAGGUAAACACAGACACAAGCCGCUGCCUAGCAACGCAGCUCCGACGAGACCGUCUACCCCUCCGGGCUCCCUCCGACUUCCACUAAAAACAUUUCACCCUCGGCACUUCUGUUGGAAGAUCACGCAGGUGCAGGUGAGGAAGCGUGUGCGGUCAGCUGCGACGCUGCACAGGAGAAGAGAUCAGAAAGUAAGGAGCCUCUAUCUGAGCAGAAGUAUACAGCUGCCUGUUGCCUGCAAUCAGCAAUCAGUUGCCUGCAAUCAGCAUAAAAGGAUGGCCUACAGAGGCAGCGUGAGACCUUUCGUCAACUUCAACGCCAAACAGGACGCUGAAGUUCUCCGUAGAGCCAUGAAGGGAAUCGGUACGGAUGAGGACGUGGUCUUCAUGCUUCUGUCGGCACGCAGCAACGAUCAACGGCAGCAAAUUAAAGCAGAGUUCAAAAAGGCCUACGGAAAGGACCUGGUGAGCGCCCUGAAAUCGGAGCUCGGUGGGCUGUUUGAGCAUCUGAUCGUGGCGUUGAUGACGCCGCCUUCCUCAUAUGACGCUUCCCAGCUGCACAAAGCUCUCAAGGGCGCCGGCACUGAGGACGACGUGUUGAUUGAGAUCCUGGCUUCCAGGACCGGCAAACAGGUUAAAGAUAUCAUCAAAGUGUACAAGAAAGAGUUCAACGGAAAGCUGGAGAAGGAUAUCUGCGGCGACACGUCGGGUCACUAUCAGAAACUGCUGGUGAUCCUCCUGCAGGGGAGCAGGGAGGUGGGAGUAGAAGAGGACAAGAUAGAGGAAGACGCCAAGGAGUUGUACGCCGCUGGUGAGGGCAAGUUCGGCACGGAUGAGGAAAAAUUCAUCACAAUUCUGGGCAACAGAAGCGCGGAGCAUCUCAGGAAAGUGUUCGAUGCCUACAAGGAGCUCUCCGGCUCCGACAUAGAGGACAGCAUCGAAGGAGAGACCACUGGCAAUUUGGAGAACCUACUGCUGGCUGUGGUGAAAUGUGCCCGCAGUGUCCCACAGUUCUUCGCUGAAGGCCUGUACAAGUCGAUGAGGCGCGCUGGGACCGAUGACGACACCCUCAUGAGGAUCAUGGUGUCCAGGAGUGAGGUGGACAUGUUGGACAUCAGAGCCAGCUUCAAAAGAACUUACGGAGCGUCUCUGUACAACACGAUCCAGGAGGACACAACCGGAGACUACCAGAAGGCUUUGCUCUACCUCUGUGGGGGGAAUGAUUAGUGUCCCUUCGUGACGACGAGUCAUCUGUGCUGCUGGAUUGGAUUGACGGCUAUAACAAAAACAAGAUCGUGACCUUGCUACAAUUGCAUACAUGUGCAGUGGAAUACAUGCGAUGAGCAUACAAAGCCUCGUAUCUGCAUUUCAUUGGCAAAGAUAAAAUGAUAAAAAGGGUACAGCAACACUUUAAAGAGUGCAUUGAAGAAAAACAAAACCACUAAUUGCCAUAAUUUCAGCGACGAUGACGUCAAUGGGAUCCUUCAUCAUCUCUUAACAGGGUUGAAAGUUAAAAGCAUCCCAUAAUUCAUCGACCAGCCCAAUGCUAUAUUUCAAGCCCAAAUUAUCCAUUCUGGCAACGCUGAGCGUGCUGCUACAUGCAUGUGAGGUGAGGUUAUUGAUCUGGAGCUGUUGAUUCUUCCUGACAGCUUUUUAUUGAUUGGAUUUGCGUGAAUAACUCAUCUGUCCUUCUGAAAUAAUGUACCUUUGCAUGAACAGCAUUCUGAGUGGAAGUUAAACUUCAAAGAUGUUUGUCUUUUCUUCUGCGUGUCCAGUAAAACAACACAAAUCGGAUUCAGGGUGCAGUUUUGCAUCUAUUGUGGAAGCAUCUGGUAGAAGUGUUUGAGUGAGUGAUAUUUGUUGUUACUGUCUUCAUGUUAGCAGUCGUCUGUAGUGAUCACAGCAUGUAUUGAAAUUGAAACUGAGAAAAAAACCACACGGCUGCUGAAUUAUUAAACCCUGCGUGGCUACAG